AAACACACCAAUGCCUGCUGGCGGUUUCAAAACAUUGAUCUAAAAUGAAUGAGAAAGAGUAGAACAAACAGCAACACACACUACUUCUCCUCAAGCUGCACUUACAUCCUCUCCUGCGGUUCAAGUUGCAGCCCACCCAUGGCACCCAGAUCUUGAGCAGAGGAGUCUGGCUCAGCAGGACCGCUCAUUGAUCAACUCGGACCGGGUCUGAGGGAGAAGUCUGAGUGAUGAGGUCAUAUCCAGCCCUGGCGUUCACCCUGCUGUUUUCAGCUACCCUGCUUUCCAGUUGUGACGGUGGAAAAGUGCUGGUUUACCCAGUCGAUGGGAGCCACUGGCUAAACAUGAAAAUCCUGUUGGAAGUGCUUCAUUCGAAGGGCCAUCAAAUCACGGUUAUUCGUUCCUCCACCAGCUGGUACGUUUCAGAGUUCUCACAACAUUACACCUCCAUCACUGUCCCCCAGGAACAAUCCCAAAACUUAGAAAGCCAGGACUUCAUGACCUCUUUUCUGAAGAGGUCAAUAGAGAUCCGUCGGAAUAAAGGCUCACUCUGGGCCCUCCUUGAGUUUUAUAGGAAUAUUUUCGACAUGAUGGGGGAGAACCAGAAAGUUGUAGCACAGCUGGUUGUCAGCAUCUUCGAGAAUAAGACACUAAUUAAGGAGCUGCAGGAAACUGGAUAUGAUCUUUUUCUGACGGACCCUGCAUUUCCAGGCGGAGUGCUGUUGGCACACUAUCUCAAGCUUCCCUUGGUUUUCAACGUGCGUUGGCUUUUCAGUGGCGAGGGCCACUUUGCCAUCGCUCCUUCACCUCUUUCCUACAUCCCUGCAUUGUUCUCCGACCACUCAGACAAAAUGGACUUUUUCCAGAGAAUCUACAACAUAUUCCGGCAAAGUGUAAUGAUUUACAUGUACCACUAUGUCUCCAAUCCACCUUACCAGGCUGUGUGUGAUCAUUAUUUUGGACCUGAUGUCAGCGCCAUGUCUCUCAUCCAGGGAGCUGAUCUCUGGCUAAUGCGGGUCGACUUUACAUUCGAGUUUCCUCGUCCCACCAUGCCCAACGUUGUCUACAUCGGAGGCUUCCAGGGAAAGCCCUCCAAGCCUCUGUCAUCAGAGUUAGAGGCAUUUGUGCAGGGUUCUGGUGAACAUGGGGUGAUUGUAAUGACUCUGGGGACCCUGCUAAGCGACCUGGGCCCUGAUAUCUCGGAGAUUAUUGCGGCUGCAUUUGCAAAUCUCCCCCAAAAGGUUGUGUGGAGACACAUGGGGAAAAGACCCAAAACCCUGGGAAACAACACGAUGCUGGUUGAAUGGCUGCCUCAAAACGAUAUUCUAGGUCACCCUAAAACCAAGGUUUUUGUCACGCACGGGGGGACUAAUGGAAUUUACGAGGCCAUCUACCACGGUGUACCAGUUCUAGGCAUCCCUCUCAUCUUUGACCAGUAUGACAACAUGGUGCGUCUGAAGUCCCGGGAAGUGGCCGAGAUUGUUGAAGUGACAACCUUGGAUGUUGAAUCCUUCACUAGCGCUCUGAAGAAUAUUCUAGACCCAAAGAAGCCAUACAAACAGAACAUGGUUAAACUGUCACAGCUUCACCGUGACAAACCAAUGAAACCCAUAGACAGUGCCAUUUUCUGGAUGGAGUUCGUCAUGAGGCACAAGGGGGCAGCCCAUCUGCGUACAGAGUCCUACAAGCUGCCAUGGUAUGCCUAUCACUGUCUAGAUGUGAUAGCAGUCUUUGUAGCAUUUGGUUUUCUGAUCAUUGCUUUAGUUUGGGUUUCUUGUAGAUGGCUCAUCGGAUGUUUGAUAAAGACCAAGAAGUCCACAUCAAAGUCAAAGAAUUAAUAGAUAACUGCAUGAGGAUGUCAACUGGAGACUGUUGAUGAGAGUGAGAUAAAACAUCCGUCAUUUACAGUGGACCAGAAACUAUCAAACAACAACAGGAAGCAAUACAUAUCACAUGAAUGUCUUAGUGGGAAAGUGCUGUUAAGGCUGAUUAAUAACAACUUUAAACUGUUCGAAUCAUUAGCACUAUUCAAUCUACUGAAAUGUUUGCAAAAGAAGAUACAAGUGGGAUCUUUGCAUAAUUCUGUAAAGUGAUUCAUUAAUGAGUUUUACAAUGAAGUGUUGCUUUCCCCUCCUUCUGAUUAUGAAUCAUCAUCAGUUUGUAUGUUGCAAUGCUUGUGAAAUGUUAAAAAUAAUAAAUGAUUGACAACA